AUGUAUUACUUGAAAUCCACCCUUCCAUUUGUCGUAGUAGCCACUGCUCUCGUCUCAGCGGACACAGCCAAAACAACCACAUUAACAGAUAGUGUGGUGAGUACUGCAUGUGCGUCAGGAAAAAUCCUACAGCAAUGCAUCCAAUCAAUGCAAUCUGACCUUGAGAACUGCGAACCGAACGACUGGAACUGCCUGUGUACUAGUAGCACGAAUUUGGUAAACUGCUAUAACAAUUGUCUCGAGGACCCAUUGAGAAAAGACGCCCAGUCCACCUUGCAACAAAGCUGCGCUAAUGCCAAAUCAUAUGGUAUUACUGCUAGAGCUGCGACUACGAGUAGUAAUGAUAUCGACGACGGAACUUAUAUCUCCGAAUCUGAUGUUGAGAAUGAUUUCCAGGACGGACGGCCGAGGCAGUCGUAUAGUGGGCUGGAGGUUAAUUCCAUCCGUCCGGAAAAAGGGACUGCUUCUGUUUUGAGGAUUGGCGGCUGGCUAGGUUGCAUUGGGCUCGCGCUAGGGGUUAUCUUUUAG